AUGAAUCUUGCUUGUACACAGCAGCAUACUAUUCCAAACUCUAUCAAAGAGGGUUGUGUUCAGCAAAAUAAAAUAAAUGAAAGUGCACUAAAAAAGUUCGGACGACAAACUAAAGUUGAUAAAACUAAAUUUCGACAGGCUUUCAAGAUCCUAUCAGGACUCAAGUCUGCUCUUGCUUCGACCAAAUCAACAAGUUGUUCUCUAGAAAAAUGUCUCAAGAGCAAAAAUAAUAGUUCAUCUGAUAAUGCCCUAUUAUCAAUGGAUGAUCAUUGUUUUGACAUAAUGGAUGUUCACGAUGUAAAUGAAAUUCAUAAUUAUUCACCUAGUGUAGAAAAUUCAUCGAAUAUGACUCAAAAAGAACCACCAGAGCUUGUUUUGAGUAAACCAAAAGACCCUCCACAACAAGAACACAUGAAUCCAACAAGAGAUCAGGAGAAUAAUUCGAAACAAGAUCAGGUGAUUCAAAAUCAUUAUAAUUCCUAUGAAUCUGAUAAUGAAUCUCUAAGAAUAAGAUCUCAGAUUUUACCACGGUUCACACUUAAGCUUUCUGAUGAUUUAAAAGAAGAUUUUCAACCCGAUUUACCUAUCUCGACAUCCAUUGAGAACACUGAAAUCAUACUAUACGACUCUGCCGAUCCCGAUUUUGACCACGACGAUUCCAUUAUAACUGUUGUUGAACAUAAACAAAACAUGACAACGAGAAGAAAAAUAAGCAUGAAUCGAGGAACAUCAAACGAAUUAUUUUUUUCAUCUAAAUCCCAAAAUGAUAUUCCUAUAAGUUCUCUCUCGAUACGUACAAAUGCACAUAAUCAAAUAUCUAAUGAACAAAAUAAUUCAAACGCUCAUAUUAUAAAUAUUGAUAGCGAAGACGAUGAAAGUUCGAAGGAACAAAUCACAAAAAAAGAUAUACGAGGAGAUAAACAUGAACCACAAAGUAAUACUUUGAUAGAUAAUGCGGAAUAUUCUUUUACUUCUUUAAGAAAUGUACCUAAAGUUCAAGAAGAUCAAAAUAUGAUCAGAGACGAACCCGAAGUUCACAAAAAUAAUAAAAGUUUAACAUCGGAGAAAUUUACUGUUAUUGGAACAAAAAGUAAUCUAAAAGACCAAUCUACUAAUAUUAUGGCAGCUAAUAGAGAGUCUACUGUUGUCUCCAUAAAUAAACCAAAUGUUCGAAAAAGGCAAAGCACUUCUAAUUCAGUAAAUAAAAAGAAAAUUGACUCGACAUCUCCUAUUAGAUCCAAGUUUCAAGAAGGUGUAGUAUCACAAGAUAAAUCAAAAGUUCGAGAAAACAAAAGUAACACUUCUAUAAUAAACAAGAAAGUCAUCAUGGCACAAGUAGAACCUCAAAUUCCUAAGGAUCAAAGUUCUACUGUUAUAGAGAAGAAAUUUGGCAUGGAAUUUUCGAAUACUCCUACAUUUCAAAAGUGUCAAAUAAGUAAUUUUUCAAAUCCUUCGGUUGGCGUCGAGUCUACGAAAGAUAACAUUAGUCAAAGGAGUAGUUUGACAUCGUUUAAAGAUAUUAGCAAAACAAUUAAAAAGGUUCCUAGAUCCAAAGCAAUAUCAUCUGAUAAAAAGAUGCCCAGCCAAAAAGCAAAAUCAUCUGUUAAAGAACAUUUAAAAAAUGACAAUAAAAAUAAAAUUGUUGAAAGCGCAACAGUAUCAACUCCAUUACCUUCAAUAUCAAAUUUGUCUGUUAGUGAAGUUCCCGUAAAGAACCCUACAAAAAAGCCCGCAUCUGAAACUUCCGGAGAUAUAUUGGGGCCUAUAUUAGAAAUGCUUGAUAACCGGAAGAAAUCUGACGUGGAGAGUGUAAAUAAAAAUAAUGAAAUUACGGCGAUACAGAAUCAAUCUAUGAUUGAUACCAAUAUUCCUAAUUUAACAGAUGUACAAUCAAAUUCUCGAGCAGAAACGAAUGCACUAUUGAGUAUACCUUUAAACCUACCUUGCUCUUCGAUGUCUGCAGAAGAACAUCGAGAAUUUCUUCAGAUAGAUUCAAUGCCAGGAUUGGUUUCAAAGGAGCAGCACGAUUUUUAUCAGAUGAUGUUGGAAAGAGUAGAAAAUGAAAGGAUGAAUUUUGAACAAUGGCAGUUUAAAAGGUCGAAGAUGUUACUAGGUUUUUUGAAUAAAAUAAUUCAAAGUCAAGUCGAGAACCACUUAAAAUACGGUAGACGUGGCGAUAUCAAUGAUUACCCGAUAGUGGAACUAACGAUUGGGCUUGAUCCGGCCAGUCCCGAAGGACCAGAGUUAAAAUUCAAACAAAAACUCGUUUCGAUCGGAAAAUGUUUUGAAUUUUCGAAUUCACCAAUAAAUCAAAUUCAUAUUCCAUUAGACAAGAAACUUUGGUUAGAUGAUAUUCAAGCUGUUAAUACAAUGACAACGGAAUCCAAGAGCAUCGAGAUAAAAGAUUAUUGGCAAAAGACGAAAAUUCCCGUGGUUAGCCAAGACCCAUUAAUCCCCGCAAUGCUUUCUAAUCAUAAAGUUGACAUUGUAAUUUCUUCCGGUGGUCUAGUUGCGCUCAUUGGUUUAGCUGAGUCUAUAGAUGAUGAGUUGGAAAUUCCUAUUAAAAUAAUCGAGACUACUAAAGAAAACUCUGUUCUCAAGACUAUAUAUAUCGAUAAACCAUUUAUUAAAAAGCAAUUGACACCCCGUGAUAUAAAUCAAAUUUACUAUAAUGCAGCCUUUGAAAGUUUGGCACUGAAAACGGACACUUGUGUCGAAAUUAAUGAUAUUCAAGUGGGCAAUACGACGUACGAAAAGAAGUACGAAAAUAAAAAUACAAAAUUACAACAUGCUUCAAAUAACCUCGAAUAUUCGCUUUGGGAUUUCGGAGAUUUGAGUAUUUUGAUACGAUGUAGAUCUAAUGGAUAUUCUAGAGAAUCAGAUCAAAAGAUUCGUACAGUGGGAAUUAAAACAAAAUUGGAAUACCAGCUGGAUUACAAUUUUGAAAGUAUCACGAACGUUGAGCGAGCGCGCUGGUGGAUAUACUCAUUAAUACGCGAUAAAGCAGAUUUGAUGCUCGGCCGAAUCAAUGUUCCAACGAAUACUUUAUAUGGAAUCGAAAAGGCAUCAGCGGAACAAAUUCUUCCUGAUGAAAUUCGCUCAUUAUCUCAAGGAUCAUAUCUUCUUCAUCAUGAGAAAAGGGAACCUUAUGCUACUGUUUAUAAGAGUGUUGAAAAUGUUGUAAACCCGACCAAUUCACAGGAAGCCAACUUACAGAAUAUUAAGAUCGAUCGUGAAACAAUACCAUUUGUGCCAUUAUUGUGGAAAGGCACACAAGCCCAGAUCGUAGGUACAUUUCCCAUUCGAAUCGAGCCAAUUAGAACAGGUCUUGUUCGAAAAAAUAUUUGUUAUGAUUUUGUUCGGAUUGGGAAAUGCAACAGAAAAAAGUGUAAUUACCAUCACGUACCACGUGAAGAAAUCGAAAAAUCAAACCCUGAAUGGAUUGCUUCAAUUGCAAAAACAAAGAAAAGAAAAAGGAUGGAUGAUAAUAAUAAUGGUGGAUGCGAUGACCUGCAAUUUAUUGCAGAUCAUAUAAUCGAAAAGAAGAAAGUUAAUGAAUUUAAUGAUAUUGAUAACAUGGCGGAGGCGGAUAAAUCUUCUGUUCCUGAUUUCGCCACAUUAUUAAACGAUUUCCAAAA